AUGUACAAGGACGACGUCUCCUGUAAUGAAUCGCCAUGCAUCGUGGAUAUGACGACAUCCGUUUACGAGAUCGCAAGUGUGAACGCACAUUUGCCGUAUGCGGCUCGUAUGAAGUUAUUGGAUAUUCCUGCACCGUUGAUGGCGCUGGUGGACCGAAUGCGAAGCAUCUGUCUUGCGUACGAGACAGUUGAUGAUAGGCCGUUAACAAUGCUACUGAGCGGUGCCAGCGGAAGCGGCAAACGCCUGCUCGCGACACGUUUGGCUAUGGAGACGCAUCGAAACAUCGUUGAAGAGUGUUCCUAUAACCUUUGGAGAGAAAGCGUCGAUCAAAUGGAGGCUAAUCUCAGAAACGCUUUUGAAAAAGCCAAGUCCUACCAACCGUCGAUUCUCUAUCUCACAUCUGUCGAUGUUCUUGGCUACGAUCCUGCCAGCGGCACACUCGGCAAGUUUUCUUUUCUGUUUAUUCUGAAAUGUCAU